AUGGCUAUGUCUUUGAAGAGUCUUGUUGCGUUUGUGGUGCUGUCAGCUUUAGGCGAGUGCGCAGCCGUUGGUCCUCGGGGCUUCAAUUACAGCGCGCUCAGCCUGAGAGAAGUAGGGGCCCGAAACACCAAGGAUUGGAGGAUAUGGCUCGAAAAGGACGGAGAUCCCAUUUCCUUCUGGCAUGACGUCCCUGUCUGGCCAGACGAAGGCAACAAGCAAGUUGUGAACUUGGUGGUCGAGGUGCCUCGCUGGCAAGAUGGCAAAAUUGAGCUCAAGAGAGAUGAGCCGCUGAAUCCUGUUGUUCACGAUACGUUGAACGAUGCCCCCAGGUUCGUCGAGAGCGUUUGGCCUCACAAGUCUUAUCCGUUCAUCUACGGAUCGAUCCCCCAAACCUGGGAGAGUCCCAACUACAAGCACGGCUUCACUGGCUUCAUUGGGGACAACGACCCGGUGGAUCUAUUUGACAUUGGUCAAGACCGCGGCUACGUUGGCCAAGUCAAGCAAGUCAAGAUCCUUGGGGGUCUUGCCCUGGCUGAUGGCAACGAAACGGACUGGAAGAUUAUCGCAAUUGAUGUCAAUGAUACACUCGCGCCACUCAUCAACUCGUACGAGGAUGUGGAGAAAUACCGUCCUGGAACGAUCAAAACUUUCCGCGACUGGUGGACUCAUUACAAAGUAGCCCGUGGAAGUGGCGUCAUCGACAUAGUCGGCGAUUGGUACCAGAACGUGACGUACAUUCAGAGCGUCAUCGAGGAAAGCCACAGGACGUGGGCAGAAUUGAUCGACGGACAGGUGGACUCGAAUGAGAUCAACUACAACCAGACAUCACGACCGGAUGUCAAGAAGAGCUUCAUCGAAAAGGGGUCGACCACGGCUAGGUUCAACAUUCCCGCCGAGAGCAAGAUCGAGCCGGCAGCACCGAAGCCAGAGAAGUACGACCGCUGGUAUUAUCUGGACAGCAACGACAGCCUCAUCGUGGUUCCCGACGGCCAGCAGAUGCCUCUCAACAGACAAGAGAUCUGA